UGAUUUUCUCCGUGUUUUUUUGACCUCUUCUCUCUGGGAAGCUCAGCAAUGUCAUCGGCGAAACUUUUCGGUUGUGCUAUCAACGUCGAAGCAGAGCAAGAAGGCGGCGGUGGAAGCUCAAUCGCCCUUGAGGUUCCUCGAUCUGGUAUCCAACAGGAUUUCAAUCCGUUUUACCAUUUCUUAGAUUCGAAUUCGGACUCUGGAUCGGUUUCUAUGGAGGCGGAACCUGAAUUCAUCGAUUUCUUUGAUCGAGAGUCGUACGAGAUCGACAUGGGACGUGAGUUUCGUAUAGGUUCGAAUCAGAGGGUGAGUAGUAGUUUCGGUGGUUUCAAUAUCUGGGAGGAGGAUAUAGAAUUAGGGCUUGGAAUCGGGUCUGGGUCAGGUCCGGGUGAUUCAGGUGGGUUAGUGGUUCACAGGGAAAUUGAUUCGGGUCGGGUAGAAGUUGGUACUCGUGUUGAGUAUAAUAAUAAUAAUAAUCUAUCUGAAGAAGCUAUGGUGCUUGAUGAAGAAUUCGAAUGGGAGAACUUGCACAACGCGAUUGACUGGGUUCAAGAGCCUGUUCAAGUUAGUAGCAGCCCAUCAAUGGAUGAUGCUUGGCAAUUGUUGUGGGAUGCCAACAGUUUUUUCGAAGAUAUGAUGGAUUUGGAUCUCGGCGUCUAUCUAGCUAAUUCAUAUGAAGAUGGCGAAACCAAUGGAGAGUACGAUGCGGUUUUAGCACGAAUGUUUGAUAACGAGGAUGGAGUCGUGGGAAGUCCUCCCGCAUCCAAAAGGGUGGUUGAUGAUCUUCCUGCUGUGGUGAUUACCUCUGAACAAGUGAGCAACGGGAACACCAUUGUUUGUGCGAUCUGCAAAGAUGAUAUUGUGGUUGAGGAGAAAGCUAAGAGGCUUCCUUGUAAGCAUUUCUAUCAUGGUGAUUGUAUAGUACCUUGGUUGGGGAUAAGGAAUACGUGCCCGGUUUGUCGGUAUGAGCUACCUACGGAUGAUGUUGAGUAUGAAAGGACUAGGAGAUCACAACGGCGAGGUAGCAGCGGUUUGGCAAUGGAGUCAAUGUCCGGGUAGAUGAAGAAGUAAUUGUGCUUUGAUCUUUGGUAAGGCCUCAUUGGUAAAAUGAUUUGUUUCUGGUUGCUAUGAUGUACAUAUUGGUCAUAGUUAAAAGGAAGAAUACAUUGGCAGCCAUGUAUUGUGUAAGUUAUUUAGGUUUUAUAUAUCUUGUAAGACUUUGCUGAUAAUUGCAGUCACAGUUUGUUUAUCAUAGAGGAAUUGCUGCUGAUCUGACUUCGAUUAGUUCUAAAUAUGAAUAUAUUUUCUGUUUCUGAUA